CAAGUUUUUGCAACGAUGUCCCGUUUGAUUGUGAAAAAUCUACCCGCAUACCUGACGCCAGAUCGCCUCAGAAACCACUUCACACAGCAAGGUGCCCCCUCUGGAACCAUUACAGAUGUGAAAAUUUCACUCAAGCAAGAUGGCACAUCGCGUCGAUUCGGUUUCGUUGGCUUCAAGACAGAUCAAGAAGCAAGUGCUGCAAGGGACUGGUUUGACCGCACUUUCAUCGACUCGACGCGAAUAAAUGUCACGGUUGUCACAGGUGCAAAAGAUGCUCCAGCUCCUCGGCCAAAUAAAAGAAGGCGCCUGGAAGAUACCGAUACAGACCCAGGGCCAUCAUCGCGUCCACAUGUUCACAAGGCGGAUAAGAAUGGUAAGACGAGCGCACCAGCCCCUUCAACAUCAGCGCUAGAUGAGUUCAUGGACGUCAUGCAACCCCGCACAAAAAAGGGUCCGUCGUGGGCAAAUGAAGCUAAGGAAUCUCAUCCAGCACUACCGGCCGGCCCUCCCGAAACAACGACGACAUCUGAUGAACCAGAUAAUAACGAGGCUGUCUCGGACCUCGAAUGGAUGCGACGACGUAUGAACCUGGAGUCGGAUUCACCACCCGAUAAAGUCUUUGAGCAGUCAGAUGACGAGCACGAGGUUAAACAGAGCCCCAUUCCUGAAGAACACCAGGACUCGACAACGAAGACGAUUAUGCAGACGUCUCGAUUAUUCCUUCGAAAUCUUGCUUUCUCAUGCACGGAAGCCGAGAUCAUGGAGCUAUUUCAACCGUUCGGAGAAAUUGUACAGGUCCAUAUGCUCAUCGACUCCUUGUCUAAAAAUCCGAAGGGUUUAGCCUACGUGACCUUCAAGGAGCCAACGUCUGCCCUCUCGGCGUACGAGGCGCUAGACAAGGCGUCCUUCCAAGGUCGCCUUCUCCACAUCAUUCCUGCUGUUGACCGAAAAGGCAAGUUUGAAGUAGUAGAGGGCGAGGGAAAAAAACAAACGUUAAAAGACGAGAGGAGUUCUCGUCGUAAAGCCACGGCUGGGCGCGAUUUCAAUUGGAGUAUGUUGUACAUGAAUAGUGAUGCAGUGGCAUCAUCUAUUGCCGAUCGGAUGGGAAUUGCCAAGGCAGAUAUUUUGAAUCCUGAGUCAGAUAAUGCGGCGGUCAAGCUUGCGCUUGCAGAGACGCACGUUAUCCAAGAGACGAAGUCGUACCUGGAGUCCCAGGGGGUCAUCUUAUCGUCAUUUUCUUCCCGAGCGCGAUCUGAUACUACGAUACUCGUGAAGAACAUCCCCUAUGGUACCACUGCAGAACAGAUACGUGAGAUGUUCGAGUCGCACGGGGAACUCAGCCGCAUCAUCGUACCACCGGCAGGUACCAUGGCGGUGGUAGAAUUCGGACAAGCAGAUGAAGCUGCCAAGGCUUUUCGAGCUGUAGCUUACCGACGUCUCGGAAGUAGUGUCGUCUACUUGGAGAAGGGUCCGAUGGGCAUGUUCCAAGAAACUACGGAUGCGCCAGGAAACUCCGGCCGUACGCUAACAACUGCAUUCAAGCCGAUCACUAUCGCCGAGCAGGAAGCUGGCGGCGGUGCUGAUGCGGACGAGCCUGCUUUGUCUGCUGGAUCGACUUUGUUCGUCAAGAAUCUGGCUUUCAGUACCACUCCAGAGCGCUUGAUACAAGUCUUCCGAGGUCUUCCUGGAUUCUCGUUCGCGCGAGUACAGACCAAGCCUGAUCCCAAACGACCUACUGUUCCUGGCACUGAAGCCCCCCGGCUGAGUAUGGGGUAUGGCUUCGUGGGGUUCAAGACGGCCGAUGAUGCGAAGAAGGCUAUGAAGAGUAUGCAAGGCUUUACACUUGACGGACAUUCAUUGCACGUCAAGUUCGCUGGGCGCGGGACAGAAGACGAGCCUAAGGACAAUACAGUCGCCAAGAGCACGACGACGAAGAUGAUAGUGAAAAACGUUCCAUUCGAAGCUACGAAGAAGGAUAUCAGAGAGCUGUUUGGCGCCCAUGGUCAUCUCAAAUCUGUACGUCUUCCGAAGAAGUUCGACUCGCGUUCGCGUGGUUUCGCGUUCUUGGAGUUCCUCGCCCGGCAUGAAGCGGAGAAUGCGUACGCUGCACUACGACACACGCAUUUACUUGGGAGACAUCUUGUACUUCAGUGGGCGGAAGAGGCUGAACAGGAUAUAGAGGUGCUACGGAAGAAGGCAGGCGUGGGGUAUGGUGAUGGCGCUGAACUGCCUGGGCGUAAACGGAAGCUUGAAAUUGCAGGCGAUGAUACUGGUGGCGACGUAGAAUGAUGACGUAUAUAGAACAACCUCACUUCAUUUACUAGGAUAUUUUGGUACCACGAUUAGACGCGACGCGUCUAUUUCCACGCCACCGACAUUAGGUCAUGGCAUC